GGGGCGGCGCGGGCGCGUGGCUCCGUUGUAACAACCCCUGAUCGCGACUGUCGGGACGUGGUUUUAGUCGCGAUAGCCGUCCUCGAGCUGCAGUAUCCGUCUCUCUUCUCGCUCGGUGUUCGGCCGUUUUCGGCUUGGGGGUGAAUUAGUUUUUCUGCGAGGAAACCCUUCUGAAAGGAAAGUACGAGACGUCGAUUAAUCGGCGUUCGUCGCGGUGGCCACGGCCGAUAUUUUCACCGCAACGGGAAAUCCCAUUCCUGGAAAAUUUGCUGUAUAUACUGUAUACAUAUAUUAUACACUCACGAAAUUUAUAUCACAUACGCAUCGCAGCUAUUAAUCACAGUAUAGCGGAAGUAUGGAGCGUCCUGAGGAGGCGGUUCAGGAACGCGGUCGAAACUUCCGAUUACUUCACCCCGAAGAACUGCCUCAACUUCUGGACUUCCUCACCGGAUAUCUUCCCGAAUCUCUGAAGUUUCAUCAAACUCUUUUAACCUACCUGGAGGAACGAGUCUGGGAAUUUCACUUUUACGUGGCAGACGGUUGGCCAAAGCAGUCCCCAAUCUGCCUCCACUUCCCAGGAAUGACAUUGUCCCCGCACGGUACUCUCUACGAAAGCGUGGGGGUCUUCUGUCCCGGCGACAGACUGGAGUUGCUGAAGCUCCUGCGAGCGGAAGACGUGUUGUUGGACUGGUCCCGUCCCUUGUACAUAAAUUUCACGCACUGCGACAUAGUCGACGAGUUGGCGCGGCUGUACGAGGGUACGGGAACGGUGAACCGAGUCCUGGGUGACAUCUGGGCGUGCGAAGAGCCCGAGAAGACUGCCGAGGUCGAGGAGGACGUGGAGGAGAGUCAGACGGACGUCAGGGUCCAGCCUCUGAGGCCGGAACACGCCGAAGGAAUCCACGAGCUUUACUCGGCGAACGACGUGGAGUGUCACGAGCUUUUCCUACGGUUGAUAAAGACGCUACCAGCGGCAGGAGUCUUCGCGGGUGAUCGACUGGCCGCCUGGAUGGUCCAGUCCUACUACGGAGCGAUGUUCUCGAUGCAGACGCGGCCCGAGUUCCGGCGGAAGGGUUACGGCACAAAGCUCGCGAGGUACCUGAUCAAGGCAGUCGCCGACCGGGGCUACAAUUCCUUCGUAUUCAUAAGGCCGGAGAACGAGGCGAGCCGGAGCCUCUACACGAAACUGGGCUUCCGGAAGCUCUACCAGACGGCCAGGGCGGCCUUCACGCCUGAGGGAUGGGAGGAGCCAGAAAGCGAGGGGAACCUCUUCCUCAGGGAAAACCUGGAGAACGCCGUUAGGCAGCUGAAUCACAGGGUGGCGAUGGACGCGAUCUGCGACGAGAAGGAGGAGGAAACGGCGGAGGGGGAGGAGGAGGAUCGCGUCGCGAUACCGACCUCGGUUCUCGACUCGCCCGUCGAUUCUUCCGCCCCGCCGAUAUCGAACAAAUACGCCUCCGAGGAAGAUGUGGACGCCGUUACAGCCGACGACGAACCCGUAUUGCUCGUCAACGGCGACCGUAGCGUUCUUCAGGCCGAAGACAAGCAAUCCACUUGCUGCGUCGCUGACGUCGAAACGGUAGACGAAAAGGAAACCAUAUGCGCGCCCUCGGUCGAGGACAGCAACGAAGGUGACGGCGGGACGGAUUUUAACGCCGAUAGAAACUAAUUGUUUGUCGUACAAUUUCCUAUUAUUUUACGAUUAUUAUGUUAUGUUAUUAUAUUAUAUUAUAUACAUAUAAAGCUCGUUAUUCGACGCACGCGAUUUUACUUACAGUUAGGAUUACGUGUAUAUCGAAUUAAUUAAAUGGAUAUACGGAAAUUUGUGAGAAAGAAAAAUAUAAUGAUCGAAGGCAUAAGAUAACCGUGAGUAAAAUAUAAUAUAUAGACGAGAAACACUUGUUAUAAAAUACGUACCCCGCGGCUUGCGCUUGGCACAUUCGACAGCGGUAGCAUUCGGAGAAUAAAAAUUCCACCCUCACCCUUGAAUUACGUAGUACGUGCAGGUAUAAUUUAAGUUUAAGAAAUCAGAAAACGAAAUUAAAACUAAAACGUAAGAAGAAGAAAUAAGAAGAAAUUACGAAUAUGUAACAUAAGUACAUAUAUAUAUUAUAGAAUAUUGUAUAACAUCUUCUAAGAGAUCGGCUAACUUGUAGGGAUGCAGUCAAUUCUGAUUUCGUGCGAAUCACUCGAGUUAAUAAGUAUGUGUAAUGAUACGUAUAACACAUGUAUAGAUAUUGUAUAAAUGUAAUAUUUACGGGAACUUUGAAAGGUCUUCGAUACUCUUCAUAUCAUAUAAAUAUAGUAAUAGGAAUUGAAACCUUGAAAUUAUUGGUUAAAUUCAAAGAUGCGAAGCUGCAACGAGCGGUUUUCAAGUGAUAACUUACUAUGAGGAUAAAAUCAGCCUGGAAAAAUGUGUGGGAAACCUUUUUCUCUUCUCACUGUCGGACGUUUUCAGAAAGGUUUUGCAAAGUCGCUGUAAUGCGAAGGUUCAAAUGUCAAUACAGAAA